AUCAGUUGCUGCUGCAGUGGAUCCUGUCGACACAUCUGCCCGUCACCACCACUGGAACCACAACAAUCACCUCUGAUCUAUUUCCAUCAUGGUGUGCUUGGCAUUGAUGCUUGUUAUGAUGAUCGUGGAAUGUGUUUGUGGAAGACCCCGGUUACCUCCUCUGCCUAUGAAAGAUGACUGUUACGUGGUUGAUCCGGAAGUGGAGAUAUUCAGAGUGGAGGGCGAAGCUGUAAUCCUCUACUUCCCAAUGUUCAUGAGAGUUCUUGAAGUACGCAACAUUGCCCCCCCAACAGCCAAAUAUUUCAUCAGUAAGGACAACGAGACAGCAGGCAUGGAGUAUCAGGGCGAGGGACGUGUCCAGCAGCGCAACAAAGAGCUGUGGUUCCUCCCAGCUCAGGCUUCAGACUCGGGAGAAUAUACCUGCACUUACAGAAAUGAAACCUACUGCAUUACUGGGAGCAUCAUGCUACAAGUGUAUGAAUCCACUUCUGUUGACAUGAAGAAACUGUCCUAUCCAGUGUCAGUCACAGUGGGAGAAGAGUGGAAAUUCACAUGUCCUUCUCUAAAUUACUUCAACAACACGGAUGGACUAAUAGAGUGGUAUAAGGACUCCAGCCCCACAGCUCUCCUGCCAGGCAGAGCAGGUUCCUUCCGUUGGGACAGAGGGGAUCUAGUGAUCCCUGCUGUGAGGCGAUCCCAUGGAGGUGUCUACACCUGCCAACUCAGAGUGCUCAUCAACAACCAACCGUAUAAAGUCAGCAGAGCCAUCCAGCUAGAAGUGCAAGGCCAAGACCCUGAAAUCACCACCAUGACCACUGUGCCAAACCUCUCUGAGACAUCUGACACAAAGAUAAUCAGCAGCACCGACAGCACUGUUCACAGUCCUACAAUAUUGCCACCAGUGAUUGUGUCACCGCUUAAUGGAACCAUAUUUGAAAGUUCACAUGGUUCAGGACUGGAGCUGUUCUGCGUGGUGUCUACUGAGUGUCCAAUAGCUGAGUCGACUGUGAUCACAUGGCUGAUAAAUGGCCGAUCAGUGGAGACAUCGUACCUUGACAGAAGGGCUCUACAGGGAGGAAGAAGGGUAACUAGGAUGUCCAAAGGCUGCCAGAUUGAGAUGAGGCUACUCAUUACAAUGAUAACCGAAGAAGAUGUGAAGACGGAGCUUAAGUGCAUCACACAGAACAUGGGAGGGAGACAGGAAGUUGUUGCCCGGCUUCAAUUAGAGGACUCUACGUUCACGUGGGUGGUUGUAGCAGCAGUGGCGGUGUCCUGCUUCCUGACAGUGGUUUCUAUUUUCCUUUAUGUCCUCUUCAAACCUAAAAAGAAUCAGAAAAUGGAUUAUUUUCUGGCUCGGCAGAACAGCAGCUACAGCUGUUAAUGGAAACACUCCUUCCGCAAACAAAGACCUCCUAUAAUGUGCUUUCUGUUACAUCAAAUUAGUCUAUCAUGCAUUGUGUGUAUAUGAGUCCACACAGUGGUACCACAAUAUGGCAAUAUCGUAGAAAAGAAGAAAUAAAGCAGCACUUGAAUGUAUUCGGAUUAUUUAUACAGUUGCAGCAGUUUUCAUGCAUAUGUUUUGUACUGUAGUGGCAGAAAUACCUUGCCUGACUGUGACACAGAAUUACUGACACACCAAAAAACUCCAACUCAGAUAUAUAUUCGAAGGCCGCUUUAUUAAGUACGCCUGUAAAAUACAAUUCAACAGCUCUGCUAAAAAUUCUAGAAUGUUUAGUUUUGAUCAACGGAACUGAUUAAAGUAUGUUUAUGUGUUAUUAUGUGUCAGUUAAUAGUCUUACCUUAUAUAUCUAUCAAUGGUGUCAGCAGAAUAUUAGCAAACACCUCUCAGGGCAGUCCAGUUAAAUUUGUUUAGUAAGCAUAAAUAAAUGAAGAGUGUUGAUCAAAACACUAGACAUUAUUAGUUUUUAUACUUUGUAAAGGUGAAAGUUUUUUACAGAAAGCAUGCCUGUAUUGGACUGUAUCAGAUAUUAAUGGAGUAUGUAAUAAAAUGGUCAUUGAGCGCAUAUAUAGAUAUAAAUAUAGAUGCCAAUAUAGAUAUAGAUACAGAUAUAGAUGUAGAUAUGUGUGUGUAUUUUUCAAAAUGCAUAAAUGUUCUCAGGGAAGCAUUUUGUAUGGUAGAAAAGCGUUAAAACAUCAUUUUACAAAUCUUCAUGUCUACACAUUUAAAUGGCAAAUGUGGCUAUUCUGAAAGAAACUGGCUUAAGAAAAUAUUCAAAGUGUUGAUGUGUACGUUCAAUUGAAUGCAGUGUUUGACAUAAAUGCUGUGAUACUGAUAAAAAUAUACAAAAAAUAAUAAAGUGUUAUAUUAUUUCUCUAUUA